UUAAAGUGGUUCAUUAGUGGAAAUGAUGUUAGUAGAGAACUGCUGCAAUUUAGGGAGAUUUGUAAAGAAGAAGGAGCAAAGGGACAAAAGUUACAGAGCGAUAUUGAUAAAUUGGCUUUGAACAGCAUUUUCUUCAUAUCUUCUAAGCACAGCAAGUAUACUGGCAUUUCAGAAGAUACUUAUAAAGUAAUGAUAGAAGAGCUUGAAGAGAAAUAUGACGUUGGAGGAGAAGUCGAUCUGGAUGAACUUGAUCAAUUUCAAGUUGAAAAGUUAAGGCGAAUAUACAAGGUAACCAUAUCAAAUAUAAUUAUAAGUGUUGUCAACUAUGGUUAA